AAAUGCGAAAAUUGGUAAUCUAAUGCUAUAUGGAAAAUUUAUCAGAUUUUACCUACAAGUUUUCUAAAGCAGAGAAAAGUUUUUAAAACUCAUUGAAAAAUACUCUUGCGAGUGAAAAACAAAGUGCAAGAUAAGGGAAAUGUCGGUACAUUACAAAUUCAAAAGCACACUUGAUUAUGACACCAUUACGUUUGAUGGUUUGCAUAUAUCAGUGGCGGAUCUUAAGAAGGCCAUAUUACAGCAAAAGCGGCUUAGUAAAAUAACCGAUUUCGACUUGCAAAUAAUUAAUGCUCAAACAAAAGAAGAAUAUCAACAUGACACGAGUUUGAUACCAAAAAAUACCUCAUUGAUAAUAUCGCGUGUGCCAAUAGUCAAUCAGGUGAAGAAGACUUGGGAUCCAACAACUAAACCCAUGCAAGCGCGUGUUACUUCAAAAGUAGAGGGAGCGGAUUUUGACUUAUCAAAAAUGGAAGGUACCGAAGAAGAUAAAAUUCAAGCCAUGAUGCUACAAAGUACAGCAGAUUACGAUCCAAAAAGUUAUCAGAAAAUAAGAGGUUAUUCCCAAACGGGCGAGGUACCGUUAACAUACCGCUGCAAUAAAUGCAAAAAGGGUGGCCAUUGGAUUAAAAAUUGUCCAUACAAUGUUAGCAAAGAACAUGUCGAAAUUAAGCGCACUACGGGCAUCCCGAAAUCCUUCAUUGAUAAAGAGGAUCGAGCACUAAUGAUUGAGAGUCAAGAACCAAUAGUGGAAGAGGAAAAGAAGCAAGAAAUACCAGAUGAUUUAAUUUGCAAUAUUUGCAAUGAUUUAUUUGUUGACGCCGUUAUGAUACCUUGUUGUGGUAGUUCUUUUUGCGACGAUUGCGUUCGUACUGCUUUGUUGGAAUCUGAAGAUAAUGAAUGUCCGGACUGUAAAGAGAAGGGAAGCUCACCCGGUUCAUUAAUACCAAAUCGUUUCUUGCGGAAUUCAGUGAACGCUUUCAAAAAUCGAACGGGGUAUAAAGCUUCUGGUCAAACAAAGAAAGUCUCUCAAGCGCCACCAGUGGAAACUGCUGAGCCUAAUAAAGCUAGCCAAUCACAGAUAACAGAGGAUUCUAAGCCCAAGGACGAAGAAAAAGAAUCGAAGGACGGAGAUCCUGAAAUUGCCCCGAAAUCACCACAAGGCGAAAAGACUUCCUCAGUUUCUGCCGAAACGCCUGAAGAAUCAACUCCUAAGGAAGAAACAAAAUCGGAAGAAUCCUUAUCACAAACUCCUGCUGAAUCUGUUACUGUUACUAAAAGUGAUGAGAAGGAAACUUCUAGUCCUAAUCAUGAAGAGUCGGAUUACGAAGAUAACAUAGUAGUAACGGUACCUUCUGCAUCAGAUACAUGUACAGAUAAAUAUCUUAAUCGAAGGCACGCAUCGCAUCCUAGACCACCAGGCUUAGAAAAUUCUCCGAAAAGCAAACACCAGGUUCUCCCUUAUCAUCAUGAAGGUACCGGUGGUGGUCAUAGGCCGCCGCAUGAGCAACCGCCUGGUUCAAAUAAAGACUGGGACCAUAUCUCCAGGGAAAAACAUCGCAAUCAUGACCAUCAUGAUAAUAACAUGAACGAUAAUAGCUACAUAAAUGACAAGCCCCGAGUAAUGAAUAAAUUAUUGGAGAAUCCAUUGCAGCCACCAGGGGGAAACCAGCCGCCACCCCCAUUAUAUGCACCGCAGCAUCCACCUUACGCCGACAUGCAACAACGACCGAUACGGUCUAUGAACAUGCAUCCCGGCUAUCAUAAUCCAAUGCCAAGACCACCAUUGUUUCCCCAGCAUCCAAUGCCACCACAUCAUCAAGUAGGUCCACAUCCAGCACAACGUAUGCCCAUGCCGCCGAUUAACCAAUACGAUCAAACUUACAAUCCCAUCGGCAAUAUGGCACCGGGAUAUCAACGUUUUCCGCCUUCUAAUAUGCCACCUAAUCGUUUUAAUUAUCCCAUAAGAGAGCCACCGGAGGGACCAAACCCAAUGAGACCUUACAACAAUUUAAGCUCCGUAUAUGAAGAAGUACAAGCAAAAGUUGGCGUAGGCAUAAUAGAUGAUCCUUUGGAGGCUUUUAAUCGCAUUAUGAAGGAAAAAGAGAAAAAGAAAGAUGAGCGCCGUUCUCCGGAUAGGCGACGUCGCUCUAAGGAACGUCAUAUGCGUGGGCCGUUUCGUAUAUCACCAUAUAAUAACCGUAAUCCUAAGGAUUUAGGAUAUCACGAUAAGCGAGCACGGUCCCGCGAUCGCGAAAUUGAAAGACGUUGGCCUCGUUAUGGCAAGGAUAUGGACAAGGACAGAGAAAGGGAUCGCGAUAGGGAACGCGAUAGAUUGGAACGCGAACGUGAACGAGAAAGAGAACGUGAAAGAGAAUUGAGUUAUCGACCUCGACGUUCCAAAUCAUUCGAGAGAAAUUCCAGGUCCAGGUCUCAUUCUCCGAAACGCUAUAGAUCACCGCCGCCAUUACUACCGCCGCCCAUUAUGAAGAAUCACAAUUUCAUUGAUAAAUAUCAUCAUACGAAACCGCGACAUGAAGAACCGGAAGAAAUGGUUUACAAUCCUAGGUAUAAACGUGGUAAUAGUAGAAGUAACAUUAAUGCAAUGAAAUGUAAUGAUUCCAGGGAUUUGAUUAAGCGCAGAGAUUCGCUAGAUAGAAAACCGGAUAUUAGGGAGCCAUUAAUGCAUCAUCGCAAAAUUUUUAAUUCCAACGACGAGACCACGGAGCCGCCACCGCCAGGAUUUGAAAUGCCACCGACAAGCCGUAAUCCAUUCCAUAGUCAUAGUAAUAUGUCUCCACCAUCCUCUGGCCACUCUUUAUAUCAACGUGAUCUAAAUCGAAUCGAUAAUCGGGGCCUACGCAAUCCUACACCCGACCUGUACGAAAAGUGUGUUUCUCAAGAUAUGGAAGAGAAUAAAAUGUACAACAUGAAUAAACGCGAACAGCGUUCACAAUCGAGAACACGUUCUAGAUCACGUACCAGGACUCGUACUCGGUCCCGUUCACGCUCAAGUUUACGUUAUGGUGAAAAACGUAAACGCUAUAAUCGCAGCACCACACCGAAGGGAAAACCAUCGGAUUCGAUGAAUUAUAAAAAGGAUAAGGAUAAAGUUGUCAAUCAUAUACAUCAUGCUAAGCGUAAGAGUGAAGAGAGACCGCCGCAACGUGAAAAGGAGCACAUUGAAACGGAAGUGAAAACGCGAAGACAUAGCAUGACGCCGCCGCGGUUAACGGAACUGAAAGUGGACGUGAGCGAACAGCAAUCAGUUUCGCCGGAACUCGAUCAUCAUAAGGAAAAAUCAGUCGAAGGUAAAAAGUCUGAAAAAAAAUUGAAAGAUCGCAAAAAACGACGUAAAGAGAAAAAAGAAAAUAAAAAACUUAAAAAAGAAAAGAAAUCUAAAAAAGAACGUCAUAGGCAAAAAUCAGAUGAAACCGAUGAACUGGAGAAGGACGAAAGUGAACAAAACAACAAUACCAGCAAUAAUAGCAAUGAUAUGAACGGUAUCAACAAUAGUCAGAGCGAAGACCGACUAAUGUAUGACAAGACUCGAGAGUUAAAUAAAGAAUUUGAUGUAUUGGAAAAUUCAAAACCUACAAAGAAUAAAACAUGCGAAGCAAAUGAAGAGGGGAUAGUUCACAGCCCGUUAAAUAAAAUAUCUCAAAUUUCAUCUCAAUUAGAAACAGAUGAUAAAGUGCCGCUUUCGGAUAUUAAAUGCUUUGAAGCCGUGCUGGAUAUUCACGAAUAUGAAACUGAUUUCGAUGAUAAUAAUUUCAAAGUUCAGGAUAAUAAUUUGAAAUUAGUACCCGAAGCAUCUAAAUGGGAAAUUGAAGAGCAAUUAGGUGCUCCCUUGGCUCCUAUUGACGAGAGGAGGCUAGAUGAGAAGUUACCGCCAACCGAUAGUUCAGAAAAAGUAACCAAUGACGUAAUUGUACGAGCAGAAAAAGCGAUUUUUGCUCGGGCUAUCAAUGCGAUAAGACCAAUUGAAAUCCAUAAAAAGUCAACUUCACGCGAACGUACUUCAGCAAUUUAUAGUGGCAAUAACAGUACUGGUGUUAAUAGCAAUGUCGGUGAAGUAAACGAUAUUAAAAAUAUACAAAUUACUUUACCGGUUAGCAUGAAUAAAGAGCGUUCAAUUGAAUUGAAAAGUGAUCACCAUGCAGAACAGAAAAAGAAGUCCAUUAAAGAACGUUUAGGCAGCAAAAUCAGUCAUCCUAUAUUGUCACAAGUGGCGGCAAACGAUAAUCAUCAACGUAGCAGUGGUAAUGAAGAAUAUAGGGAUCAUAGAGAUAGGGAUUCUGAACGUUUUAAGAGAGGAAUUGAUAGUAAAAUUGUAGCCAAACGUAAUGAGCAUGAUAAAAAUUAUCGGACUAAUCGGGUCACUGAAAGGGAUAGAGAAAAAGAGCGAGAACGGGAACGCGAAAGGGAAAGAGAUAGAGAACGUGAAAGAGAAAGGGAAAGAGAAAGAGAACGCGAACGGGAAAAAGAAAGAGAUCGUGAUAGAGAACGUGAUAAAGAAAAGGAAAAAGAAAAGGACCGAGACCGUGAGAAAGAACGCGAAAGGGAACGAGAACGCGAACGGGAACGCGAAAGAGAACGUAAUCGUGAUAAAGAUCGCCGCAAUCCACAAUUAGCUAAGGAUCAUAAACAGCCAGUACGUUUUGACAAAUUAAGUCAUAGUAUUGAAAAAGAUCAUCAUCAUCAUCAUCACCAUCAUUCUCGCGAAGGUGAAAGAUUAACUCAAAAUAAACGGCAACAACACCAUGAACGUUCGCCGCAUUCAGAUCAUAAACAUUAUAGUUCAUCCGAUUCGGAUACAGAUGUUGACGAUCAUAAGCGGAAGCAAUCAAAAGAUAAGAAAUCCCGCAAACGUUCCGAAUCAACGGACAGUGAUAGCGGCAAGAAAUCAAAGAAGAAGAACAAAUCGGCAAAGAAGAAGAAAAAAAAUAAAAAAUAAAAUAAUCGCUAUACACAACUAUUCAGCAUAAAACACUUGUGUAAAAUUGUACAAUAAACACCUGCAGACGUAUACAAACACAGAGACACACCUGCUACCUAUAAUUAAUGAUGGAAAAUAGCAUACACUUAUGAAAAAGUAUAUUUAAAAUAGCAGAAAAAAAAAAAAGAUGAUAAU